AUGGAAUUGAAGGGUAUGUGUUCGUUUGUAGUUGAGGUUGGUAUUGAAAGGAUUUCGAACCAUCAAACCCAUAAUUAGAAUUUGUGAAUGAGCCCGGUUGCGGCAUUCUAGUGCUAUUAAUUGAACUGGAGCUGAACGAUUGGUUUGCGGUGUUUACUGAUUCGAUUGAAAUAUUUGUAGUUGGUUGCCCGGUUGAGGUGAGCCCAGCAGGUCUGAGGCUUGCAGCAGCAGAGCUAUUCUGGGGUUGUGUCUGGACACCAUACGUGUUUCCACCCGAUGCCAUUGGGAUGUAUGAAUUAGUCGACGAAUACGAGCUGCUCACAGCAGUGGGUGUGUUGUGA